AUGGAGCAGGAUUGCCAUUUGCCCGUCCUCGAUCGACGAAGGGAAAUCAAUAUCACCUGCGCAGUCAUGAUGGCUUUGGCGAUAGCCUUUUUCGGCAUGAGAGUUACAUCCAAGAUUAUUGGAUUCGUCCCGUACGGACACGACGACAGUUUAAUUAUCGCCGCACUUCCAUUUCUCAGCACGUUCGGCGCUAUAUGUUUCUUGACAGUAGCAUCAAAAGGGAUAGGUUUGAAUAUAUGGCACGUUAGCGAUGAGGACAUUUUCGUCUUGGCCGCCGAGUACAUGUAUGCGAUAUCGUUGACUUUCACCAAACUAUCAAUCCUGGCCUUCUUUCUACGAGUCUUCCCCGACCAAAAGUUCCGGUGGAUGGUUCACGGAACCGUGGUCUUUAUCCUACUCAUGUCUGCCAUUUAUCUUGUACUAUUUAUACUACAAAGAGUACCCAUGUGGACAUUUUGGGAGGGGUGGAAAGAGAAGGAUCCCGACGGCGUACUCUUGAACUCGAACGCAAUCGGAACAAGCCACGGCGUACUAAACGUUGCAUUAGAUGUAUGGAUGAUCAUCCUCCCCAUGUCCCAAUUGUGGAAGAUAGGAAUCAAACCCAAGAAGAAACUCGGAAUCAUGUCCAUGUUUGGUGUGGGCGCUUUCCUCACAAUCGUCAGCACAGUACGUAUUCCAUACGUCACAAAGUUUGCAAAGACAUUCAACGUUACAGCCGACACUGUCGAUACCAUCAUCUGGUCUAUGGUAGAAGCCAGCGUGGGCAUGAUGGUAGCUUGUAUGCCCGGCACACGUCAAUUUGCGAGGGACAUGGCACGGCGAUGGAAACGGAACAGGCCCAGCGACGAGAGCAAUAAGGGAAACAUUUUUAUUGACCGGUCGCUGGCGACGAUCGUUAUGACAAGGCAACAAAGCACAAUAGCAACCGAUAACUCCUUUUCGAGCAACUUCGUGAAGCCUGAUCUGAGGGUGGGGACGGAUAGGUAA